AUGACACCGAAGGCUUGCGACCAUUGCUACCAGAAUAAAGAGAAGUGCGCUUUCGCCCCUGAGGCCGAGGCAUGCUUACGGUGCCAACAUCUGGGAAUUGUCUGCUUCAUGUCUCGUGAAAAUAAGCGGAAGGGUCGCCGGCCAGUUUUGAAGUCCUUUGGUCACGGCAGUCUACAGAUCUGGGAGCCAGGACGAGACCGCGAGGCGGACGUGGGCAACGCCAAGCUACGUGCUUCUGCACUCGAUCGCCGCUCUGGCCGCGUCGGCAUCGGUCUUAUCAAUACGCCAUUACCCGCAAAACAAGGGCAGAGCAGCAAGAACACGGCAUUAAGUGGGUUUCCGGAGGAGGUGCUUCAGCACCGCAUCAUACCACAUACUGCCUUGGAUGCGAUAGGGAUCCUGACGGACGACGAUGAAUUUACGACGGUACAUAUUCCCUUUGUUAUGGGAGGCAGCUUCGUGCAAGAUCUCCGCGCGGCCAUACACUCGGUCUUGUACCACUCGGGCCCAGUCGUCAUAGAUGGCUAUCUUGCUUUCCUAAGCCUGGUAGCACAUUGCCAGGCUUCUCGCUUACCCUGGACUACUCCUGACCUACGUAGGGCGGCAACGGCGUUGCACAACUUACGGAACGUGGAGAUUAUGCUUCCCCAAGACGCCCUCUGCGUCCUUCUCCUCGGUCAGGCCUUGUUUGUUUUUGAGGUGCUUGCCGACUCCUCCACGACCUCAGCGCAUUCUAUUAUACAAGGUGCGCUUAUCUCGGCUAAGCCAUGGUAUCCGCUUCUGAGCAGAGUACCUGCCUUCGACACUGUUACUUUCUGUCCAGUCCUUAUGGACAUAGUGGGUUGUCUGGUGCAUCGCAAGGUACCUAUAAUUCGGAUGUGUGUUCAAGACCGGAUUGUUGUGGAUCGCUACGCCGGCCUAUGCUCAACUCUCUUGCCUUUACUAUACCAUCUAUGUGUACGGAGUCAUGCGGCCGAGGCCGGUGCGGUCACGGUGGACGGGGGUUCGACGGAUCAAGAGAAACCCGAAGAUUGCUACACGGACAUAGAGAGAAGCAUUGAGUUUUGGGCACCAGACAUUCCACCUGAUUUCUUCACUGCCUACGACGAGGUCGAAAUACAAAUGAUGACGACCCAAGCGAAUGCCUACCGUCUUGCAGCGUUGCUUGUCAUUCACCGCCUACGAUUCCCCUUUGGCGUCCAGGAUACUCUUGGGCAAUACUACGCUAAUUGCAUUUUUCAUGAAAUCUCAUCGUUUUUCGCCUAUUCGAAUACGCACGGUGCCGGAGCAUUUCCCGUCACAUUUCCACUUUUCAUAUCCAUGAUUGAAGUCGAAGGCCCCGGCGAGGACUUGCUGGGAAAUCUGCAACGCUUUCCCAUACAGAGCAUAUGCAUGCUGAAGCUACAUGGCUUUGUCAGGCAUGUUAGAAGGGUCAAGGAAUCAGGUGACAAUGUGUCAUUGUUUGAUCUCGUGGAACAUGAUCUUACUUACGCGGUUCUCCCAUAA